AUGACGAGCUUAAAACGAAGUGCCGAAGGCGAUACCUUUGGGCCCAACAUCUCAAACAAGACAUACGUGCGGUCCACGCGGAGUGGCAAGGUCCAGAAGAUCCCUUUUGUGCUCUCUGAGAAGCCAGCAGGCACCAAGAGCUUCCCGCAAGGCCACUAUCUGAUGCCAGACACAAAUGCUCUCCUCAACGCGAUGGACUUGUUUGAGCAGAGCUCCUCCUUCUACGAUGUCAUUAUUCUGCAGACAGUGCUCGAGGAGCUACGGAACCGGUCGUUGCCGCUGUAUAACCGUCUCCUCGGCUUGACAAAGAGCGAGGACAAACGCUUCUAUGUCUUCUUCAACGACUUCCGCCAGGAGACCUUUGUCAACCGCGACCCAGACGAGACCGUCAACGACAGGAAUGACCGCGCUGUGCGACAAGCUCUAAAGUGGUACGGGCAGCAUCUGGCACAGACCAAGGCGAAGAACAUCCCCGCUGUGGUCAUGCUGUCCGACGACCAGGAGAACCUACGCAAGGCCAAGGCAGAGGGCCUCCACGCCGCAUCGCUGAGACAAUACGUGGAGACUCUGGAGGACAGUGAUAGACUGCUGGACAUGGUCGCCGACGUGCAGAGCUCCGGCGGGUUCAGGAAACCAGGGCAGAUGCUGUACCCCGAGCACUUUACAACAUCGAGAAUGAUGACGGGUGUCAAGGCAGGGUUGAUGCAUCAGGGUAUCUUCAACGUCUCGCCGUAUAACUACCUCGAAGGGUCCAUCAAGGUGCCUGCUUUCCCCAAGGCGCUUCUCGUGCUCGGUCGCGAGAACAUCAACCGCGCUGUCGACGGCGAUCUAGUCGUCGUGGAGGUCCUGCCGCAGGACCAGUGGAAGGAACCCUCUACCAAGAUCAUCGAGGAAGAAGCCAUCACCAAGAACGAGGGUGCCGAUGCAGAGGAGUCGCAGGAUCUUGUGUCCGAGAAGGAGCGCAAGGCUUUGCAAGAGGAGGUCAAGAAAACGCACAAGGUCAAGUCUGAAGGCGGACCUCAGCCCACGGCCAAGGUGGUCGGCAUCAUCAAGCGCAACUGGCGCCAGUACGUCGGCCACAUUGACCCUUCGUCAGCUAGCAAGGGUUCCACGCAAGGGCGACGCAUGGACAACGUCUUCCUCAUCCCCAUGGACAAGAAGAUCCCCAAGAUCCGUCUGCGCACCCGCCAGGCGUCGGAGCUCAUGGGCAAGCGUCUGCUCGUAGCCAUCGACGCAUGGGAGAGAGACUCGAGGCACCCCACAGGACACUUUAUCCGCUCACUGGGUGAGCUCGAGACCAAGGCCGCCGAGACAGAGGCCCUGCUGCUCGAAUGGGAUGUACAGUACAGACCUUUCCCCAAGACCGUCCUCGAUUGUCUACCUAGCGAAGGCCAUGGCUGGAAAGUACCCGCCAGCACGGACGACCCUGGCUGGCGCGACCGAGAAGAUCUCCGGAACCUCCUCAUCUGCAGCAUCGACCCCCCCGGGUGUCAGGACAUUGACGAUGCCCUGCACGCGCGGAAGCUGCCCAACGGCAACUUUGAGGUGGGCGUGCACAUUGCCGACGUCUCCCACUUUGUCAAGCCCGCCAACGCCAUGGACACGGAGGCCAGCAUCCGUGGCACCACGGUGUACCUCGUUGAUAAGCGCAUUGACAUGCUGCCACCCCUGCUCGGUACCGACCUUUGCUCCCUCAAGCCCUACGUGGAGCGCUACGCCUUCUCCGUGCUCUGGGAGCUGAACGACAACGCCGACAUUGUCAAUGUGCGCUUCACCAAGUCUGUCAUUGCCUCGCGCGAGGCCUUUAGCUACGAACAGGCGCAGCUGCGCAUCGACGAUGCCUCGCAGCAGGACGACCUGACAAACGGCAUGCGCAUGCUCCUCACGCUCUCCAAGAAGCUCAAGCAGAAGCGCAUGGACGCCGGCGCCCUCAGUCUGUCGUCGCCCGAAGUCAAGGUGCACACCGAGUCGGAGACGAGCGGGCCCAUUGACGUCAAGACCAAGGCGCUCCUCGAUACCAACUCCCUGGUCGAAGAGUUCAUGCUGUUUGCCAACAUUAGCGUCGCCGCCAAGAUUUACGAGGCGUUCCCGCAGACGGCCAUCCUCCGUCGCCACGCCGCGCCGCCCAAGACGAACUUUGACGAGCUCUCCAACCAGCUCAAGGUCAAGCGCGGCCUGGAGCUGCGCUCCGAUUCGUCCAAGGCUGUGGCCGAUUCGCUGGAUGAAUGUGUCGAUCCCAAGGAGCCCUUUUUCAACACCCUCGUGCGCAUCAUGGCCACGCGCUGCAUGAUGAGUGCCGAGUACUUCUGCUCCGGCACCCAGUCGUACCCCGAGUUCAGGCAUUACGGUCUCGCCUCGGAGAUCUACACCCACUUCACGUCGCCCAUCCGUCGCUACGCCGAUCUCGUCGCCCACAGGCAGCUGGCCGCGGCCAUCAAUUACGAGGCCGUUCACCCGACCGUCCGAAGCCGGGGACGUCUGGAGGCCGUGUGCAAGAACAUCAACGUCCGCCACCGCAACGCGCAAAUGGCCGGUCGCGCCAGCAUCGCGUACUAUGUCGGCCAGGCUCUCAAGGGCCAGGUGGCCGAGGAGGACGCCUUUGUCAUGAAGAUCUUCAGCAAUGGCUUCGUCGUUCUCGUGCCCCGUUUCGGCAUCGAGGGCCUCAUCAGAUUGCGAGACCUCGCUGAGCCAGAGCCAGACAGCGAGUUUGACGCGGAGAACUACACGCUCAAGACCACGGGCAGCAGGGAGGUGACUGUGGAACUCUUCCAGAAGGUCAGGGUUAGAGUCCAUGACGAGAAGGAUGAAAUGACGGGCAAGAGAGGCGUCAAGAUGGAGUUGAUUAGUGCAUAG